AUGUAUGCUCUCGGACAAUUGGCCCACGGAACUCUCUCCAUCCAACAAUUUAAUCAGCAGCAUGCGGGGUUCCCAUACGAGACUGUCAAGAUCACCAAGUUCUCCGAGGGUAAAUCUGAGUUCCAGUCUCAACAAAUGACUGAAACUGAGCUGCUCGACUUCGCAGCAGGAAAAUACCAGGGAUCUCCGUCAGGUGCUGUUGCAGCGUUGGCAGAUCUGAGCCUGAUUGUCAUCCCGCGAAUUGAGCGCAUUUGGGAGAGAUGUCUGCUGAUUUCAGAGCCAAAUCUCCUCAAGCUGUUUGAUCUCUUUGAGUUAGAUCCAUUUGCUCUCUAUUUUCUCUCGAACGGCUACAUGGGUUACAACCACUGGACAACAGGAAAUGGCCAAACCACCCACUAUAUCGCGACCAGCUUCUAUACAGCGGUUUGGUGCUGUACGACCUCGAAGUCAAAUACGGAGCUCAAAUCUACUCGCAUCAUACUGUUUAACAGAACACCGGGCAGAGAACGAAAAGCUCUUGACAUGACCGAAGACGAGUUAGGCAAUAUGUUGCAUGAAUCUGUGGCUUAUCUGGAAAAGCCGAGUCUCGUCCCCUUUACAGUUGCACUGCAAAUUGUGAAAUGGCUGGACCGAGCUUCUCAACGCGGGCUCUCAACAGUCAGGCAGAUGGAAGCCAACACUGACCAUGGCAACUGGCGUAAAUCCGGCGUCCAAGUCAGUGGUAUCGACGACAUCACGAAGUGGUCGAAGGAGAUGUCAUCCUUGCUCGUCGAUUUAGCGAACCAUUUCAGACACAUAGACAUUGCAACGGGUUUGCUCACUCUUCUUAGAGAAGAGCUCACUCGACCAGAAAUGACGAAAGACCCAAUGACCGGAGCCUUGAGGAAAGACAACACGGAGAGUCUCAGAGCGGCAACGCAGACGUUGGAGAGGCAUUUGGCGUGGCGCAAGACAUCCAUUCAAUAUCUACAUGAGAGAGUCAAGAGCCAGGUUAGCAUGCUCUCUACCAUGCUCACCCAUGAAGAUGCUAGAGCGAGCAUCGAGCUCGCUGAUGCGGCAAAACGCGAUGGGUCAUCCAUGAAGACGAUCGCGGUCGUGACGAUGGCUUUCCUGCCGGCGACGUUUUUUGCUGCGCUCUUUGCGAUGCCAUCACUGCAGUGGGACCAGCCAGCAGGACGUAUCAUACAACCCACAUUCUGGAUAUACUGGGUCUUCACAGUACCGGCGACGUUACUUGUUUUCAUAAUCUGGUUUCUUCUAAGUCAUCACGGCUCCUGGAGGCGUGUGAACACCCGGAUCUCUCGCGUAUAG